UAGUUAGUAGUUACCACUGGUUACGGAUUGUUAUCUCUAGCUACUCCGGUUUGAUUGUAAAUAGACAUUUUUGUGGGGUUGAUUACGUUAGCCGAAUUUUUCUAGGAUAUUUUGUACACGAUUGAGAGUUUUUUUAGCGAAUCAUGGCUGCUAAACCGGAGAAUUUAGAUAAGGAUUUCACGGAAAUCGAAGAGCCAUCAGUAUUAUCCACCGAUCCGAAUGAACGAAAACUAGCCCGUCGUUUACGAAUUCAAAGACGCGUCGAGGCUUUGCAAAAAUUAGAAGCUGAAACAACUGCAGAUGCAGGUGACCAUAGCGUGGAGGAGUGUCUCACUGAAAAACGAAUUGUUGCAAGUGCCGAGCUGUUGGAAAAAUUAAUUGCCGAAGGCAAUGAAGUGAUUUCCAACGUGCGAGUAGCAAAUGAUGCUCGAGAAAUAGAGCGUCGGCGAGAAGCGAGCAAGAUCCGAGAAAAAUUGCUCAAGCGAUUAGAAGAAAGCGCAGAUGAGUGCAAAAAGCGAUAUGACCUUAUUAACGAGCGAUGGCCAUUAAUUUUGGAGUCGAACGAUCCACUGGACAUCAACAGUGAAAUGGAGUCGCAAAAAGAAAAGUGCGACGAGGUACUGGCGAAAAAGGACAAAGUUAUUGCUGAACUUAAAGAAGAACUGCGGAAAGCUGACGAUAAAUAUUCCGAUGAUCAGAGAAAGCAAAAGGACGACAUAAAGCUGUUGAUCGAAAGGAUAGAGAAUCAGAUGAGCACUAUGGAAAACGUUUAUGGUAGAGAGCUAGAGCUGAUCGAAAAGACGUUAAAGACAGAAAGAGAAUCGUUGGUGAACAGUUUCCAGAAGAAGUGGGAUAAUCUUUACAAGCAACAAGAAGACGAAGACGUGGCAGGUGAUAAGAAAAGAAACGAAAUCAUGAAAGAAUACGAGGAAGAGAUGGAAAGGGUCAUGACAGAGCAUGACGAAGAAUUUAGAGCCCAAAAGAUUCAACUGGAAAACGAAUGUCAGGAUUUGCAGCAGCAAGUGGAGAAAAUGAAGGCUUUAUGUCUAUUGAAUUCCGAAAAAUUAACGUACAAUUAUACUGUGCUCAAAAGCCGGGAAGAGGAAAAUACCAUUGUAAAAAAUCAGCAGAAAAGAAAAAUAAACAAACUCCAGGGACUCAUCAAUAAUUUGAAGAAAAAUUACUCAGAGUUAGAGGAAAAUACGAAAUUAGAAAUAGAUAAACUGUCAGGACAAAUUGUGAAGGCUCAUACAAGUAUUACAGAGCUCGAAGAAAAGUCUAUUCAUUUUACGCGAGUUAAUGAGAAGCAGUAUCUAGACAUUUGGGAUAUGAAGUCUAAAAACGCCAAUGAACUGGUUAAAAAGAUUCUGACGGCGGAUAAAAUUAUUCACGAACGUACUCUGGGUAUUCUGUGGGACUCACCUCAAACGAAUUUACCGAAAAAAGAAGAUUUACCGUCUUAUUGUGCUGCGAUGGAUCUCAUUAAAAAGAGAAAACAAGAAGAAGCUCAAAGAUUAAAUAUUUUCCAAUAUGAGAAGAAAGAAAAAUCUGCUUUAGAAACUAAAUUAGAAAGAGAAGUCUUGAGCAAUAUUCUCAAACAAAUCUCCCAGUGUUCUGGAUAUCUAAUAGAAGAUAAAUUACAAGAAAUGAUUUCGAGUCGUAAUGAGGAAGAAAAAACGAUCAUAAGACUCGACAACGUUUUUCAGGCAUUAUCCAUCUCAACUCCCGAGGAAAUCAGUAUGCUUCUAGAUUUUUUCUUGCCAUAUUCGUAUUGCCCGGUAUGUUCUGCGAAGGAAGAUUCCAUUAGUUCUGACAGUUUUAAUUCAUCAUUUUCGAGUAAAUCUUCAAGCUGCGCCGAAAUUUGCGAUGGCUGCAAUGACGAAAACGUUAAGAAAUUGGUCGAUGCCGUGAAAGAAGAAGUCGGAGUAUUUCCAGAUCGUAAUGUCGAAUCAAGAAUCGAAAGAUUUUCGUCAAAUGACACGGUAGCUUCUGAAUCGUUGUCGGAUGAAGUUAAUGAAAGUGAAUUCGAUGAUGAAAAAGCUACGAAAGGAUACCAAAAGUAUACAUGUGACAAAGGGCAUGUGCUAGAAAUUCAAGCAGCGCAUGUAUCAAAAGCAAUGAGAGAAAUAGUAACCAAGUGUAGUGUUAUAGAAGAAAAAGAAAUGAUUUCUUUCGAAGAAAGAUUAAAUGAGAAGAAAUACACAAUUUCUAGAAACUUGGCGGCAGAGGAUGUUCAAAAUUAUUGGUCAAAUUAUCGAAAAAUUUUUGGUACACAAAAACAAAAGCUGUGGGAUGCUAUUUUAGUAGGUUUAAGCAAAUAUUACGAGGUUCUAAGAGAAAGACACAGCCUUUGUACUGAAAUUGAUGAUCUAAAAUUACAAAAUUCUGAACUGGAACGGUUAUUAGCAUCUCACACAGCAAGCCCAGAAGAUGGAAUAUCUCUACUGCAAGUCAAAUCAGCUAAACAUUCAUCGUAUAUAUGAAUAUAUUUCUUCCUGUGUUUUGAUACUCAAAUAAAUUCACCACUUUCUCUUUUCGAUAAAACUUAAUUUAUUAAGGUUUAAUAUUUGUAUAAGCUGAAGAGAAUUCAGAAUGCAUUAUUGCAUCUAGUUUGAAGAUAUUAAUAAUCGAUAUAAAAACAAUCAACAAAUAAUACCACAAAAGCCAGUACAAAUUAUGGAGCUUCUGUAAAGUUCUGUAAAUUGAGAUUAUAGUAUUACAAAAAGAAUAA